CAGCGAUAAUCAAGUCGAAAAGUACUUCGGCGUAGUUCCCUCAGGACGUUCACGAUGGCGCCUGUUCCGAAGAAAUUCGACUAUCUGGUUUUGGGUGGAGGAUCGGGUGGCAUCGCAAGUGCUCGUCGUGCGGCGGAAUACGGCGUGAAAGUUGGACUCAUUGAGGAAGCCCGUCUCGGUGGAACCUGCGUCAAUGUUGGAUGCGUGCCUAAGAAGGUCAGCUGGUACGCUGCUUGGCAGAGGGAGCUCAUGCACAACUUCAAGGACUACGGAUUCGACUUCGAGUACAAAGGCUUCAACUGGCCGUCAUUCAAAGCGAAACGGGAUGCGUAUAUUGAGCGACUCAAUGGGAUUUACGAGAGAAACCUCGAGUCGAGCAAAGUCGAGCUAAUUAAAGGACGGGGGAGGUUCGUAGAUCCGAAAACAAUCCAGGUCGGUGAGGAGAUGUAUACUGCAGAUCACAUCACGAUCGCGGUCGGAGGGCGGCCGAGGAUUCCCGAGGUUCUGGGAGCCGAGUUCGGCAUCGACAGUGACGGUUUCUUCGAGCUGAAGGAGUUACCGAAGAAGGCUUUGAUCGUCGGUAGCGGAUACAUAGCCGUAGAAAUCGCAGGGGUGUUCAAUGCUCUUGGAGUCGACACCACGGUCGUCAUCAGGAAAGCCGCCAUCCUGCGAUCGUUCGAACAUUUUCUCGGAAGUCACCUGAUGCAUCAAAUGAAAGCCGAUGGGGUCAAGUUCGAAACUCGCGACUCGGUUAGCCGCGUUGACCAGGACGGUUCUCUUCUUACAGUGACAACGCAGACCGGGAAAAUCAUUCCAGAUGUAGAUUGCUUGCUCUGGGCUGUCGGCCGUGAUCCCCAUGUCGGAGGACUUGGUCUCGAAGCGGCGAAGGUCGAGCAGGACGAGAACGGCCACAUCAUCGUCGAUGAGUUCCAGAACACGUCGUCGAAGUCGAUUUACGCUCUCGGUGACGUCUGCGGCAAGGCUCUACUCACGCCAGUCGCUAUAGCUGCGGGUCGACGUCUUGCCAUGCGAUUAUUCAACAAGCAGAAAGAUCUCAAGCUAGAUUACGAUAAUAUCCCAACCGUUAUAUUCUCCCACCCGCCAAUCGGCAGCAUCGGACUGACGGAGUACGAGGCACGGGAUAAAUUCGGCGCGGAAAACGUCCGAUCCUACGAAUCGACUUUCAAUCCCAUGUACUACGCCCUGUGCGAACGGAAGGUGAAAACAACUAUGAAGUUGGUGUGCGCAGGAGCUGACGAGAAAGUUGUUGGACUCCACAUGAUCGGAGACUCUGUCGACGAGAUACUUCAGGGAUUCGGCGUCGCUAUCAAGAUGGGCGCGACGAAGUCCCAAUUCGACAGCUGCGUGGCGAUACAUCCGACCUCCGCUGAAGAAUUAGUCACCAUGAGGUGAUUGAAUCGAUGGACGAUGAAGCGAUCGACUCGAUGCGCCGAUUUCGGUCAAUUGAGCUUCCGGUUGAUCGAUCCAGCCGUUCUGUUCGAGUCUUCGACUCUGACUCCUAUUUACGACCCUAAACAUCAUCGUUAGUUUUUGGAAUAAAAUACGAUCGGAGGUCCUGGUGGAUGCUCCAUCG